UGGGUGAGCGCAGGGAUCUAUCCUCGAAUGAACGCUGCGCCGUCGCCGCUUAGCUCGCGACUCGUCCAACAUGGCCGGCCAGGAGGAUCCAGUGCAGAGAGAGAUUCACCAAGACUGGGCGAAUCGAGAGUACAUCGAGGUGAUCACGAGCAGCAUCAAAAAGAUCGCCGACUUCCUGAACUCGUUCGAUAUGUCGUGUCGAUCCCGUCUGGCCACUCUAAAUGAGAAGCUGACAGCGUUGGAGAGGAGGAUUGAAUACAUUGAGGCCAGAGUGACAAAAGGCGAGACCUUGACCUAGACCUCGUCAUAGAAAUGCAUAGCAUCUUAGAUCCCACCUGCCCCCUCACCUCACUUCACCUCACCUCAACUCGCCUCACCCCGGAUCUCAUCGGAAUAAGUGACAUGGAUUCCAUAUUCCUAUUCUGGGGCCACGUUGGACCAUUUUUAUAUUAAAUAUAUGGGUUUUGUGUUGUUUUUAUCUCAUGGUGCAUUUGUACAGAAGAUAUGGGCCUGUCUUGGGCGUCAUUGAUUCAGACAUCAUCAAUGUUACAAAAUGAAAAGAAAGCAUUGUGGAACUUAAUUAUGGAUCUGGUAUCAGCACGAUUUGAUUGACCAUCUGUGUUGUAUCAUUAUCGUAUUGGAGGGUUAUAAAAGAGGAACAUUCUUGUGUGCCAUGUCCAACAAUUAUUUGUGGCGUCAUCUUUAUUAAAGAACCUGCUUGUACAGUGAACUGUUUGGUGAUGUUUCAGAAUUUAAAUACUGUAAUAAAUGAAAAACAAUUA